AAAGUUAAACACCCAAAUGGAGCGAAGACUUUAAAACGACCAAAUCAAAUCAAAAAGAGCAACCAAACGGUUUCUGCCUUCUCUUCUUUGUGUGUGUUUGCCACCGUAACGCGUAUACUUGAAGUAAGCUACAGUGAAGAUCUAUCAGACAGUCUCCCCCUUUUUAUCAAGUUUUCUCUAUCUUUCCGGCAUUUUCUCGGAAAAUCGUUGUCAGAUGAAAAUGCUUGCAAAAAUGUUUGUUGGUGUCAGUUGGACUGCUGGCUGAGAUUGGAGAAACCUUGAAAGUUACUUCGUGGAAGCAAAGGUCCUUCAACCAAUGCACUUAAUAUGAUUUUAGCUGUUUGCACAGAAUGGAUCAUUCUUCUUCCUCCCUGUCAAAGAAUUGGCCUUGUGGUUUCCGUUCUCAGAAGUAAUUUUCCUAUUUACGCAUUAUACCACCAAUUGCUGGAUUGUUUGAACUUUUAUCCUCCUUUACUGAGGAAAUCUGGCAUCGACCAAUUGAUUCCUUGAGGGAUAACGAAAAUGAAGAAAUGGUAUGGUGGUGUUCUGGUAGCAUCUUUGUUUAUGCUUCUGGUUCUGAGAUAUGGCUUGAUGAAAGAUCCUAUCGGGGAAAGUUAUUUGACUACUCCUUUCUCCUCUAAUACUAGUAAUGUUAACCCUCUUGAAUGGCUGAGUGCCUUUUCUCCACCUGCAGUUCAAAAUCCUGUGAAUACUUUACAAGUGAUACCUACAAAAACCAUUAUUUUUGAUCUCUUUGCUCAGAGGAAUAUCUCUGAUGUUGAGCAGAAAUCUCUGCAGACAUGGGACCAUUUGAAACACCUAAUUGAUCAUGCUCAAGGUUUACCUAAUGCAGUAGACGCCAUUAAGGAAGCUGGAGGUGCAUGGAAUAACCUUAUGGCUUCAGUUGAAGAGGAAAAACUAAGUACAAAUGAAAGUUCACAAGGCAGGGCAAAAGAGAAACAGUGUCCAUAUUUUUUAAACAAAAUGAGUGGCACAGAACUCAAUAACAGUGACUAUAAGUUGCAAGUUCCUUGUGGCCUGACUCAAGGUUCUUCCAUUACAGUUAUUGGAAUUCCAAAUGGUCUUCUUGGAAAUUUUCGGUUUGAUUUGACUGGGGAACCACUUCCAGGGGAGCCUGAACCACCUAUCAUUUUGCAUUACAAUGUCAGGCUUCAUGGUGAUAAAAUAACUGAAGACCCUGUUAUUGUUCAGAACUCAUGGACUGCAGCUCAUGAUUGGGGUGAAGAGGAGCGUUGUCCCUCUCCAAGUCCUGAAAAUGAAAAGAAAGUGGAUGAGUUGGCCCAGUGUAACAAGAUAGUGGGUGAAGGUGAUGAUCAGCUUCUCAUGACUAGAAAAUCUACUAACCUUUCAAGGCGGUCAUCAAUGGUUCAAGAUGGAUCUAAACCUAGGAAAUACUUCCCUUUUAAACAAGGUUAUCCAUUUGUUGCCACACUCAGAGUGGGAUCAGAAGGAAUCCAAAUGACAGUUGAUGGGAAGCACAUAACAUCUUUUGCUCAGCGUGAAGCAUUAGAACCAUGGCUCGUCAGUGAAGUAAGAAUUUCUGGAGACUUGAAAUUGGUUUCUGUCUUAGCCAGUGGUCUACCCACAUCAGAAGAUUCAGAGCAUAUAAUGGAUUUGGAAACGCUCAAAUCACCUCCUUUACCCAAACAAACUGCACUCGAUCUUUUCAUUGGUGUGUUUUCUACUGCGAACAAUUUUAAACGCAGAAUGGCUGUUCGAAGAACAUGGAUGCAAUAUCCAGAAGUACGAUCUGGGGCAGUUGCAGUUCGUUUUCUUGUUGGUCUGCAUAAAAACAAAAUAGUAAAUGAGGAACUGUGGAAUGAGGCCCAAACAUAUGGAGACAUCCAACUGAUGCCCUUUGUCGAUUACUAUAGCCUCAUCACAUGGAAAACUUUAGGAAUUUGUAUCUUCGGGACAGAGGUUGUUUCUGCAAAAUUUGUCAUGAAGACAGACGAUGAUGCAUUUGUCCGUGUAGACGAAGUUCUAUCUUCGUUGAAAAGAAUCGGAGCUAGUCGUGGGUUGCUUUAUGGACUCAUAAAUUCAGAUUCUCGGCCUCAUCGAAAUACUGAUAGCAAAUGGUUUAUCAGUCCUGAGGAAUGGCGCGAAGAUACUUACCCACCUUGGGCACAUGGUCCUGGUUACGUGGUCUCAAGAGACAUAGCAAGCGCCGUCGUCAAAUUGAACAAAAAAGGCCAUUUGAAGAUGUUUAAGCUAGAGGAUGUAGCAAUGGGCAUCUGGAUUGCGGAGAUGAAGAAAGAGGGUUUAAAGGUUCGCUAUGAAAAUGACGAUAGGAUCUAUAAUGAAGGAUGUAAAGAUGAUUAUGUGGUUGCCCAUUACCAGGGCCCAAGAGAGAUGCUUUGCCUCUGGCAAAAACUUCAAGAAGGAAAAGGAGCGAGAUGCUGCGGUGAAAGAUAGGCAUAUUACAUUUCACUUUUAACUGGACUGGAGCUAUUUUGAGGAAGCUCCACAACACAAUUGAGAGGAAUCUUGGUAACUAAUCUUUUGGUAGUGAUUAUCUGACCAAGGUUGACCGAAGACGAAAGAGAGAUGACCACUCUAACUAGAUGGUGAGGAAUCGCCUAUUUUAAUGGGAAGGGGUUAGUUACACUAUUGUUACAUAUUAGUAAUAGCACGGAGCCAUUUCAUAUUACUAUAGAAAGCAUGUCCAAAAUUUUUGCAAAUUUUGUAGGUUAGAGAUUCUUUUGCCCUGUAUAAAUCGUAACAAUAGUUGGAUAUUCCAAAGUAUAUAGUGUCAAUAACAUAAAAUUGACUGCUUUACACA